AUGAUUCAAGGUCGAUCUCAAGCUUAUGCCACCCCAGCAUCUGGAAGUGGACCAAAAGUAGAAUUUCCGUGGCUCAAUUACAAAAGCUUCGGUGAUGGAGUGACAAAAGAAGUUGAAUUAGAUUUCAAAAAUACCAAAGCCACAAAAGUAGGAGUCUAUACGGCUUCUACAGUUGCAAAGUCAUUGCCUAUGAAAGCGGCAAUCCAAUCAUUAGAAUUAGCUGGAAUUUUUUACAAAGCUUUUAAAGAUUGUAAAGUCAAACCAACUGUUGGAGGCAAAUCAGUGAUCAAUACGUGUGAAGUCGCCAAUCUAUGCACUUGUUAUCCUGAUGCACCACUUCUUGAAUUUGGCAAUGCUCCAAUUGGAAAAGGUUCAACAAUUUUGAAGACCCUUAAGCCUCUCAUUGCGGUACGAACAACUGCAGGAACUGGUUCAGAGACUCCUGGUACCGCAGCAAGUUAUUCAUUUGAUUCUUGA